AUGAAGGCCGUUCAAAUUCUUGGAGAUGUCACGCAUCCGUCAGUCAACAUCAGCUAUUCCAUGAAAAAGCCUAUGCCAUCCAAUGCUGAGAUCUUAGUCCAAGUCCACGCAGCUGGCGUUACUGGGGACGAGCUCGUCUGGCCCGAGGUGUACCAAACACCUUCACGCAUCCCAGGCCAUGACAUAUCCGGCACAAUCGCAGCCCUCGGCCCUGACUAUUCUGGCCCACUUGUACUUGGACAGGAGGUCUUCUGUCUCAUAUCCGCAGAUCGAGGCGAAGGCCAGGCUGACUUCGCCAUUUGUUCCGCUAAUGAAGUUGCACCCAAACCAGCCAAACUCUCACACGCGGAAGCUGCAGCGCUGCCGAUUCCUAUGCUUACUGCAUGGGAGGGAAUUGUGGAUCAUGAUAAUCUGACGCCUGGGUCUAGGGUCCUUGUGACUGGUGCUUCAGGCGCAGUUGGACAGCAGAUUGUACAACUUGUCAAGAACCUCACUGGUGCAUAUGUUAUUGCAUUGGCUUCGAGUAGAAAUCACGAGCUGCUCAGAUCUCUCGGUGCUGAUGAGAAUGUUGAUUAUACAGUGUCUAACUGGGAAACAACAAUCCAGAGCGUCGAAUUUGUGUUUGAUACGGUAGGAGGGGACGUUCUGAGCAAAACAUGGGACCUGGUCAAGAGCCAUGGCACCAUAGUUACGGUUGGAGAUCCCGCACCUGCAUGGGCCUUCGGGAAGGAAACUGCCCCGGAAGCGCUGAAGCAUCCAGGAGUUAAACAUUUGCACUUUAUUGUCUCACCAAAUGCGGAACGGCUGGGCGAGGGGUCGAGGAUGAUUGAUGCGGGCUUGAUAAAACCACUGCAGGUGAAGGUAUUUCCGUUUGAGAAGGCGGUAGAAGCUUGGGAAUAUGCUCGGCAGAGGGGGAGGGGUGAGAAGGUUGUCAUUGAGUUUUAG